AUGAAGGCAACCAUUGCGGCCAUUGUUUUGGCACUUCUGGCAGAGGGGGCUGUUGUUGGUGAAAGGGUUGACGCAGCGCCACAAGCACCAGCUCCCAGGACAAACGGCAGGUCAUUCACGUUGCAUCAAGUUGUGAACAACAACUUCCAAGGUCACGAUGGACCUACGUCCUUCUUGCGCGCUCAUUUCAAAUAUGCGCAGAAAUUGCCAGACUAUCUGUCCAAGUUGGUAGAAAUCAAUCCAAACUUUCGCAUCAAGUUUGGUGCGGCUUCCCAAGGUAAAUGUUAUCCAGAAGUGACGCUGUGGCAGGUCCUCAGUCUUUUACUAACGAGCAUCAUAGCAGGGGAGCAGGUAGGAACUGUUGAAGCAAAUCCCUCGCCGCUCGUAGACACAGAAUAUGCCGUCGAAAUCGGCAUCGGUACACCGCCGCAGCGUAUUCGGUUGAACCUGGACACCGGGUCUUCUGACUUUUGGGUAUUUUCAACCGAUACAACCCCAAGCAUGGUGCACGAUCAAGGGCUUUACAACGCCAACAAGUCAACGACUAGCCAUUUCUUGACAGGGGAAUCCUGGAAAAUCAAGUACGGCGAUAAUGCGUCGGCCAGUGGCUAUGUCUACACCGAUAGAGUGCAGAUUGGGGAAACCUACGUCGAUACCCAGGCUGUCCAAGUUGCCGUGAAUGUGACAGAGGAUCUCUCAGAAGACAAGUUUGUGUCUGGAAUCUUGGGAAUGGCUAAUAGUGCUGCCAAUACCGUCCGCCCUACGCCUCAGCGAACCUAUAUCGACAACAUCAAGAAUGACCUAGCUCUGCCACUAUUCACAGCAAACUUGCAGCGUCAGGCUCCCGGCAGUUACAACUUUGGAUAUAUCGACGACUUUGAAUAUACGGGGGACAUAUCGUAUACGCCAAUCGAGCGUACGUUUCCCCUCUGGAUGGUCCACACCACGGGAUACAGAAUUGGCAAGACCUCUCACGAUAAAUCAAUCAAUGCCAUUGUCGACACUGGUACAUCGCUGUUGCUGCUCCCUGAGACCGUCGUUUCCAACUACUACGCAAAGGUUAAGGGGUCCAGCGUCGAUCCUCGGCUGGGCAUGAGGGUGGUCCCCUGCAAUGCCAACCUGCCCGACUUUUAUCUUACUAUCGGCUCAUAUCGAGGCAGAGUGCCUGGCAGUUAUAUGAACUACGGGAGAGUCAGCGGCAACAGCUGCUUUGGAGGCAUCCAAUCAUCAGAUGCAUUGCCGUUUUCGGUCCUGGGAGAUGUUUUUCUCAAGACUCAGUUUGUGGUGUUUGACUACGGGAACGCACGUGUUGGUUUUGCAAGAAAGAAUCUGUAUGAAUGA